UCAGUCUGAAUUGUUCGUUAUCGUCAGUGCGCUGAAGAAGCUUGUGUGUAGUGUAAGAAUUAAUUUUAAAAUGAAUGUUCUUACAUCAGUCAUAAUUUUCACAGUAGUAACAGAUCUAGUAUUAAGUGAGAUAAAGUUAAAUUUGAUGCCUAAAGACACAACGGCAAGCGAUGUACAAACGGUGCCUCCUCCAUCAAGUACAUCGCCAGUUCAAAUACUUUUAGAUAAUCCUCUUUUGAAUUCAAUGUGGGUGUACCGGCCAAACUCCCACCCGGUGGCCCUUCAAGCUGAUGAUGGCGUUCAAGACCAGUUAAAGCUAAGGUCUGGCAUAUCCUUGACACGCCUUGCGAAAACUUUAUAUUAUGACUACGAACCGUAUUUUAAAAAGGCUCAGUUCGAACCGUUCGAGACUCGAUCGAAACCAAUCAGGCUUGUGGCUCUGAGAAGGAACGGAAGGGCGCCAUUGGAGCGAAUUCGUACGGUGCCAAACGAGCGGGAUCCUGUUAUCGCUGAAAUGCAAUCCCCUUUUAACGAAGUAGGCUCAUUUUGGUAAGACGAAACGAUUGCCCAACAAUGAAUAGGGUUUUUGGAAGUAGUCAUUUUGUUUCAGCUCCCUAAGAAAGUAAUUUAUUAUGCUACUUUUAAAAAGUUAGUAAGUACAUUAAAGGUUUUCCAAUAAAAUUUGUAUUUGUAUUUCCUUUUUCAUACUUAAUAAUUUCCACAUCGACUUACAUCAAGG